ACCUUUGCAAAGUGGUUUAUGAUGCUACUUCCUAUGGUAUGUCAUCAAAUGGACAUUAUCAGAACAACGUUGUGAGUAUACUAUGAUGGAAAUAUAAUGCAAAUGCUUUGCAAUUUUGUACAGGACUACAAAAUACUUUGGUAAUCAUGCCAAAUUUGGCAGGAAAUAAAUUUGAAUGGCCGGACGGUCGCACCAUAUGAUAUUUUGACACUUUAAAAAACAGAAACAUUGAAAUAACGAACGUUUAGUGGGAAAUUUAGAGUGUGUACAUAUACUGGAGAGGUACUGCAUAUAUAUGGUAGUUCUUUAUGUAUUUAAACCUUACUUUUAUCAGUAGAAAAUGCAGUCGGACAGAACAUAUAGGCGUCAGGUCAUUGACCCACAUAUAUCAGAUAUGCUGCCAGUCAAUCAAAGUGUAGAGACUGUGUGUGUGUGUUCAUGUGCGUGGUAUAUAUGUGUGUGUGUGUGUGUGUGUGUGUGUGUGUGUGUGUGUGUGUGUGUGUGUGUGUGUGUGUGUGUGUGUCACUAAUGCCUCAGUCACAUACUCACAUCCUGUCAGGACCAGCUGGGGAGCAGUGGAUACAUGUGAAUACUUGUGGUACGGUGGAGGAGAAGCUCUCAGACGUUCCGUGACCGCCUGCCACAUGCUUUUAACGGAAGCUACACGGAUUCUAAUCGUGUUCACUUCAUAGCCAAGGACAAUCCAGCGGUUUUCCUGAUUUCCCAACCCGCCGGUGGAGACUCCGCUCCGGCCUGAAGAGCCGCGCAUCUCACCGCCGCUGUGAACCUGGAGGAGCGACGCCGCCUUGUGUCGAGCAUCCAACAUGACAGGGGUUUGUGGUUGCUGCGGGGCUCUCCGGCCUCGGUACAAGAGACUGGUAGACAACAUCUUCCCAGAAGACCCAGAGGAUGGGCUGGUGAAAGCCAACAUGGAGAAGCUGACAUUUUAUGCCCUGUCAGCUCCAGAGAAGCUCGACCGUAUCGGAGCUUACCUGUCUGAGAGAUUGUCAAGGGAUGUGGCCCGACACAGAUAUGGCUACGUGUGCAUAGCCAUGGAGGCUCUGGACCAGCUGCUGAUGGCCUGCCACUGUCAGAGCAUCAACCUGUUCGUGGAGAGCUUUCUGAAGAUGGUGCGCAAGCUGCUCGAGUCAGAUAAACCCAAUCUACAGAUCCUAGGAACCAACUCGUUUGUGAAGUUUGCCAACAUAGAAGAGGACACGCCGUCGUACCACCGCAGUUACGACUUUUUUGUGUCGCGCUUCAGUGAGAUGUGCCACUCCAGUUACGAGGACCCUGACAUCCGCACCAAGAUCCGUAUGGCAGGUAUCAAGGGUCUUCAGGGUGUGGUGAGGAAGACUGUGAAUGAUGAGCUACAGGCCAACAUCUGGGACCCUCAGCACAUGGACAAGAUCGUCCCCUCUCUGCUUUUCAACCUGCAGAGUGGAGAGCGUACAGAGAGCAGCCGCUCCCCUUCACCGCUGCAGGCGUCCGAGAAGGAGAAGGAGAGCCCGGUGGAGCUGACGGAGCGCUGCUUCAGGGAGCUGCUGGGACGAGCUGCCUAUGGCAACAUCAAGAAUGCCAUCACACCCGUGCUAAUGCACUUAGAUAAUCACUCUCUAUGGGAGGGGAAGACCUUUGCGGUGCGCUGCUUCAAAAUCAUCAUGUACUCCAUCCAGUCUCAGCACUCUCACCUGGUCAUCCAGCAGCUCCUCGGUCACCUGGACGCUAACAGCAAGAACUCAGCCACAGUGCGAGCUGGGAUAGUGGAGGUUUUGCUGGAGGCAGCUGCCAUUGCAGCCAGCGGCUCUGUUGGCCCCACAGUUUUGGAGGUCUUCAACACCCUGCUGCGGCAGCUUCGUCUCAGUGUGGACUACGAGUUGACCGGCUCCUACGACGGUAACAUUGGCACCAAGAUCAUCAAAGCUCACGAGGAGCGGCAGCUACAGGAGGCCGUCAUCAGGACCAUCGGUUCAUUUGCCAACACUCUACCAACAUACCAGAGAUCAGAGGUCAUGCUUUUCAUUAUGGGCAAGAUCCCUGUCCCUGGGGGUCACCUGUCUCUUCUGUCCACAGGCUCCGGGCCUGAGGGCACCAGGAUGAUUCAGAUCAUGUUGCUGAAGUCCUUGGUUCAGGUGACGGCAGGUUUCCAGACCACCAACAUGCUGACUGCGCUGCCGAGCUCCUUCCUGGAGCCGCUGCUGUCCUUCUAUCUUACCGAGGAUCCUGAGAUUCGACUGCUGGUGCUGCAGAUCCUCCUCAGUCUUAUCGACCGGCACGACAACCAGCCCAAGUUUGAAAACAUUAGCAUCAUCUCAGACAUCUCCAUUCUCAAGCUCAAAGUUGACAAGUGCUCCAGACAGGACAACCUAUUCAUGAAGAAGCAUGGCCAGCAGCUGUACCGUCACAUCUAUCUGGGCUGUAAGGAGCAGAGCAGUGGUCGGCAGCACUACGACACCCUUUUCGCUCUGUUGGGCCUUCUCAGCGUGGAGCUGGCCAACGAAGAGGUGGUGGUGGACCUCAUCCGCUUGGCACUUGCAUUGCAGGACCUGGCUCUGUCCACCGAUGAGGCUAUGCCUGUUUACAACCGCUGUGCUGUUCACGCCCUCGCCGCCGCCUACCUCAACCUCAUCUGCCAGCUCACCACCGUCCCAGCCUUCUGCCAGCACAUACACGAGGUAAUUGAGGUCAGACAGAAAGAAAGUCCCCACCUUCUACCUGAGGAUGUUUUCAUUGAUGACCCCAAGCUGCCUUCCUCACUGGAGAAGGCAGAAGGAGAUGUUUUGUUCCUUCAAUCGAAGAUCACCGAGGUUCUCGGAGGCAGUGGUUACAACACAGAGAGACUGGCUACGCCUUAUGUCCCACAGUUUACAGAUGAGGACCGUCUGUCCAAGAGAAAGAGCAUCGGGGAGACUAUCUCUCUCCAGGUGGAGGUGGAGUCCCGAAACAGUCCGGAGAAAGAGGAGAGGACACCAGCAGAGGAGAUCACAUUUGAAACCCUGAAAAAUGCCAUUGUGGACAGUGUUGGUAUGGAGGAGCAGGAGAGGGAGCGCAGGAGACAAGUGGUGGAGAAGUUUCAGAAGGCCCCCUUUGAGGAAAUAGCUGCCCACUGCGGUGCCAGGGCAACUCUACUGCAGAGUAAACUAAAUCAGAUCUUUGACAUGACAAUCAGACCCCCGCCCAGCCCAUCUGGAACCAUCUCGUCAGGUUAUGGCCAAAGUCAGAGUCGAUCUGUGCCCAUCUAUGAGAUGAAGUUCCCUGACCUGUGUGUGUACUAAACCGCACUUUCAACAGCGAUGUACGGAAAAAGAUGCAAACCAAUCCUCACUGUAAAAGCAUCAGAACCAAGGAUGUGAGGAGAACAAGCCAACUCAAGAGCAAGCCACUCUUUGUUUAACUUAGCUUAGAUUAUGUGAGCCUAACAACCUGCUUACGCCAGUAAAUGCAGCUGCCACUCUUUUUUUAUUUAAUUCCUUUCAGAUCUUCCUUAAAUGUAUGUAUAAACUCCACUGGCUGGAUUUUUAAGUUGAGACGUUGCCAAGAACUGUGAGUUAAAGAGGCUGUGACAGACUCAGACUUUAUAUUUUAUUGGCUUUAGAAUGAAUUAAACCAUUGCACGCCCUGGAACUGAAACACUGCUAAUUCUUGAUAUUCUUUCUGUCCCUUACAGGGUGCCAUACUAACCUGAAUAACAAAACGAGAUUGACCAGUCAUGUUUAUUAUCUCAUGAUGUUUUAUAUUGUAAUUGUUUUAUAUUUGUUUUGGCCGGGAAGAGAGUAUAUGAGUUUAAUUUUAAAUUUAAAUAUUGUUCUUUUAAGUUUGAUUGUUGUCUCCCUUGUUCUGCAGCUCGUCUUUAGUCUUUUUUAUCGCUUUUCGUUUUGCCUUUUUAGUGUAAUAGCCAAAAGUGCUUCUUUCUUUAACGACAGGCUUUUUUUAUUUCCUGCAUUUACUAUUAAGUCUAAUUAUAAUUUUUGUUUGUUUUAUCUGUGAUUGAAAUGAAAGAUGACUGUGUGCUAUCCUCCAAAGUGAGUGUGCCUUACGGGUGACUCAAGCUAAGACACAAGAACACACGAGUCGUGACCACACUCGAGUUGCGUUUACCAGAUCAGACACUAGACGAAUAGCUAAGGAUCCUUUAUUUUUUUUUUCAUCCCAUAUAAAUGUGUAUAUACAGAGAAAUAUAUAAAGCUGAUGUACAGAGUAGGGAU